UGGGACGUAGGCGGGUAGGUGGGCCGGGUGGCGCCGCCUCGGGUCCCGGCCUCGCCUGCCUCUCCGGUUCCGCUGCGGGCGCACGAUGCCGCAGUACCAGACCUGGGAGGAGUUCAGCCGCGCGGCUGAGAAACUCUACCUCGCCGACCCUAUGAAGGCACGUGUGGUUCUCAAAUAUAGGCAUUCUGAUGGGAGUUUGUGUAUGAAAGUAACAGAUGACUUAGUUUGUUUGGUGUAUAGAACAGACCAAGCUCAGGAUGUAAAGAAGAUUGAGAAAUUCCACAGUCAACUGAUGCGACUUAUGGUAGCCAAGGAAUCCCGCACUGUUGCCAUGGAAACGGACUGAAUGGUUUGAAAUGACUCUUUGCCCAGUUCUUAGGAAGUAAAUAACUUGAAUUUGAGGAAGUGUUGGAACAGAAAAAACUUAAUGUAACUAAGUAGGCUAUUCAGAAGCUGAGAGAUCAUUUUUUAUUUUGUUUCUUAAUGUUUACUUUAGAGAGCUAGGAAUGUAAAUGCUUUCAGUUAGAAUGCCUUUAUUUAUUUUUGGAAAUGGAACAAGAAAUGAGUCUAUCUUGGGAACUUUCUACAGAUUAUUUGAUGCUGGGAAAAAUAUACAUUUCUUUUGGUAAGUUUAUAUCAAUAAUUUGAAAAUGCAGUAUCAAGAAAAGCUUAUUCUUCCUUAAGUUUAGUUUGUCUUUCAAAGAAAUUAAAUGUAACCAUUUUGCUGGAUUGCUAGAUUUCUUUUGGGACAUGACAUUUGUGCAGUUGACCAAUAAAUAUAAAAUAUGGUAACUAGAAUUAACUAUGUACAGUAGUAUAGUCUCAAUUAUAUCUAAAAGUAAUUAUGAAAACAAGUAUGCUUUAUCUUGAACUUUCCAAAUUUAAACUAUAUUUUUGAAUAUAAGGGAUUCAUAGUAUUACUAGCUUGUUGAGCAGACUUUGAAUCUAGUUUUCAGUGGUCAAAACACAUGAACAGAAUGACCACUGAUCGCCUGAAGCCACCAUGUUACAGGACAUUUCUCACAUAUUUCCCAUGUAGAGUUUCUCAGAAGAGCUAAGGAUUAUGUGAACUGUUAAAUCUUUGCAUACCUCUUUGACACCCCUGCCCAUAUCUCUCUUUAUUUAACCAAGGUGUUAAGUGUGACUAUCACAACUGUUGUUUCCAUUAAACCAGAAAAAUGAUAUUAUUUGAUAUUUAUCUUGUAUUUGUAACCUGAAUUUUACCACCUAAUGUAAUGUUCACAUGUUGAUUCCUACAUUAAAAUAUUUGUUAGGAAUUUGUCGUGUUGAGCAGCAUUUUAAUAUGGAAAGUUCCAUUAGCCAUAUGAAUUUUGAGAUGUUUCAGAGAUCAGUAAAUAAAAUAUUACAUGAAUAUAUAUUGUUUCUCUUAAAGUUUUUAACUUCACAAGAAUUACUGAUUUCUUGACUGGCAUAUACUGUAUUCAUAUAUUCUAAAGUGAGCCUAAUGAUACUGUAAAUAAAUUUUGUUUCUUAGCACUUUA